AAGAAAUGUUGUAUGAACUGGCUCGGGACGCAGCGUAGCUGUGGGGUGUGAGGAUCUGGGGGCGGGGCAAGGAGUUGGAAGGGGUGGAGAGAUUCCUGGAUUUGACUGUAGACUGCAAAGUCUUAGUCUGAAGAUUCACCUAGAUGUUCCCAAAAAAUUUGGGCAACACCGACCAUCCACGGGGGGGCUUCUUGAGGCCCCGCCUCUUCCCUCUUCCACGUCCUCCCCAUGCAGCUGGGCCCACUCCCUCCUGCACGCUCCCCCCCAACCAAUAGGACGGUUCUGGUCGUCAGCCGCUGUUGCCGGGACAACGGAGGCAUGCGCUCCACUUUGCCUGAGCAUUUUGAACUUGGUCUUGACUCUUCGGCGGUACCGAGAAAGAAAGGAGGGGAAAAAAGGUCUUUUAUGCACUGUGAAAAUGUUCAGCGCGGCACCGUCACCCCUCGGAGCCCCUGCGCCGCCCUCGCUCGAACCCUGCCAGCGCUGCCUUGGCUGAAAGCAGCCCGAGACCAAGCUCUGUCCGUCAUGUUUGAUGGGAUCAUGAUCCUCACGGUUCUCACGGUGCUCAUCUUGCCCACUUCUGCCGUGGAAGGGGGCGACGUCGAGCCAAGUCUCGGACCCCACGAGUGCGUGUGCGAAGGGCCGUCGUGUGCCGACGGCGGUCGCUGCCUCGGGCAACAGUGCUUCUCCUCGUUGACUCUAAGCGUCGGCAGACGUGUCGACCGGAAGGGCUGCGUCAAGGGCCGUGAGCGGGACGCGAUCUGCAAGGCGCCGCACUCCACCAACCGGGUGGCGGUCUGCUGUCGGGGUCACCUGUGCAACGCCAACCUGACCGCGGAAGCGCUGGAGAAAGCGGACGAGGAAGUGAAACCCACCCCCCGCGAAUACGAGUGCGUGUGUGAGGGCAGCUUGUGCGCCACCAUCGGCCGCUGCUUGGGCCAGCAGUGCUUCUCGUCGCUGACGCUGAGCGCCGGUGCGCGCGUCUACCAGAAAGGAUGCUUCCGGGUCUAUGAACAGGGCCGCAUGACCUGCAAGACGCCGCCGUCCCCCGACCAGGUGGUCGAGUGUUGCCAGGGUCACCUGUGCAACCUCAACGUGAGCGUGGAGCUACCUGUCCGAAAGGCGUCGAAAGGCGAUCCUGGUUACAGUGCCCCCACGUUGGCCGCGGCGGUCGUGGCCCCCGUCGUCGUCCUCAUUGUCUUGUCAACCCUCGCUACACUGGUGUUCCGGCGCAUCCAUCAAAAGCAGAUGGAGAGGCUGACGGCGCGGGAGGCCGAGUACAGCACCAUCGACGGCCUCAUCACCUCCAACGUGGGCGACAGCACGCUGGCGGACCUGCUGGAUCAAUCGUGUACAUCAGGCAGCGGUUCCGGAUUGCCCUUCCUGGUCCAGAGGACCGUCGCUCGACAAAUCACGCUCAACGAGUGUGUGGGAAAGGGACGCUAUGGCGAGGUGUGGAGGGGCCAGUGGCAGGGCGAGAACGUGGCCGUCAAGAUCUUCUCCUCCAGGGACGAGAAGUCCUGGUUCCGCGAGACGGAGAUCUACAACACAGUGCUGCUGCGGCACGAGAAUAUCCUGGGCUUCAUCGCCUCGGACAUGACGUCCCGCAACUCCAGCACGCAGCUGUGGCUCAUCACGCACUUCCAUGAACUGGGCUCCCUCUACGACUACCUGCAGCAGAGUACGCUGGAUGCUGCUGGCUGCCUGCGGAUGGCGCUCUCGGUUUCCAGUGGCCUGGCGCACCUCCACGUCGAGAUCUUCGGCACGCAGGGCAAACCCGCCAUCGCCCACCGCGACCUCAAGAGCAAGAACAUCCUUGUGAACAGGAAUGGGCAGUGCUGCAUCGCUGACCUGGGCCUGGCCGUGAUGCACUACCAGGACACCAACGAGCUGGACGUGGGCAACAAUCCCAAGGUGGGCACCAAACGCUACAUGGCGCCGGAGGUGCUGGACGACAGCAUCCAGGCCGACUGCUUCGAGUCCUACAAGAGGGUGGACAUCUGGGCGUUCGGCUUGGUGCUGUGGGAGAUCGCCAGGAGGACGGUCAGCAACGGCAUCGUGGAGGACUACAAACCGCCCUUCCACGACGUGGUUCCCAACGACCCGAGCUUCGAGGACAUGAAGAAGGUGGUGUGUAUAGACCAGCAGAGGCCCAACAUCCCCAACCGAUGGUUCUCGGACCCGACCCUCACGUCCAUCUCGAAGCUGAUGAAGGAGUGCUGGUACCAGAACCCGUCGGCCCGGCUGACCGCUCUGCGUAUCAAGAAGACGCUGACCAAGAUCAACAACUCGCUGGACAAGAGCAAAGUGGACUGCUGAGCUUCCAUGCGCUUUGGACGUGAGCGCCGGGAGGUUGUCGGCUCACGGGCCUUAUUGGGCAACCCUUAUUUAUUCUGAUCCCUCACUGGGAUAAAUGUUUUGGCAUCCAAAGAAGAUUGUUGAAACUCAGACAUUUUAGCUGAUGACCUUUUUUAUUUUUAAUUCUUUUUUUCUUUUUUAAAGCAAAUGAGAAUUUUACUAAUAGUCUCGUUCUUCAAAGAAGAAGAAAACGGCUGCCGGGAAGCAGGUGGUUUUGCCUUAGAACUGAACUACGACACAGCGCAACUUUGGAUCUGGGACUCAACGGAGUAUAUUUUGUAGCAAUACAGAUUUAUUAUUUUUAUUGCACUAGCGAUCUCCUCAUUUCUUGCUUGCACUGUUCAGCCGUUAGAGAAAACGUCCGGAAACGGCAUUUGUGUUGCGUCUCACUCGUGUCUGUAGUAUCUCCAGGAGGGUCUGUAGGUCGCUUAGGCAGCACCUCCAGCUGGCCCUGGGACUCCCGCAUCACCGAGCCGAGGAAUACGCGUCCUGUUUUUGAUUCUUCAUUGUAUGAGCUUUAAUGGGUAUGGAUGUUGGAUCCAAAGUCAAAGCCAGAAUGAUCGGAAGAAGCAAAGACUUGUGUGAGUGUGAGAGGAAUUCGUUCCUCGGAAGACCUGCUCUCGUCCCCCUGAAAUGCAUAUUGUAAAAUGGGAGUAUUGAUUCAUUCGAUAUUUUAUAUAUUCAUUAAUUUUUUUAUUGAUUAAAUGCAUAAAAUUGAACAUUAGAGCAGCUGGAUGUUUUUAGACUUGUUCUUUACCUUCCCGACACCUUUGUCCACGGAGUCGUAGGUUCAUUUUGUACGUUAAACUGUCCACGUGUGCUGGCUCCUCGCAUCAUCAGUGGUCAAGUUUGUGAAGAUAUGGACAUUUUUUCAGCUUAUUUAUUUGUCAUUUGCAUUUUGUUCGCCAGUCUGUUUUCUGAAAUUUCUGACCACCUCAAUCCAACUCGCUUCCACAGUGUUUACAGCUCCUGUCCGGUGUUCCUGAGUGUCGGUGAUCAGAAACAAGAUGAGAAACGUUGCAUGUGUUUAUAGGACGAAUCCUUCAACAAUAGGGCAUAAACAGGAAUUUGGAGAAGAAAUAUUUAUAUUUUCAGUCUUUUUAGAUGAGUUUUAAUUUUAAUGUAGUUUGA